GAUGGCUCCAGGAGCUUGUCAGAGAAUGUCUGGGUAUGGACUCCGCCGGUUUCAUUGUAGUUUCGUAGUUGAAGAGGUGCGUGCGAAUGUUCUGUCGCUCAUCGCGCAUUGAGGAGGAGAUGGACGGUGACAACGAUCUGAUGUGCUACACUGCAGCGGACACGCUGCCUGCCAACAAGGUGCCGACACGGAGCACCGAUGCGAGCGUGCCGCCGCAGCACUGCCCCUCGCAGUCUUGCAUCUCGACUGGCGGCGGCGGCGCGUCAGCGCCCGUGGACUGGCUGUCCGGGCCGAGUCCCACAGAGGCCCCAGCUGUGCUGGUGGACCUCAGGUACUACCUGGAGGAAACGGAAACGAAUGGCCUGUUGGACCCAAACAUCACCACGGCUUCGACCAAUGGGCAGCGGGCGCUGUUAGAUUUGCUGCCGCACGUAUCCCAACCGACGAUCGUGAAGUACUUCAAGAUGUACUACACGGACAAGUCGACGCCGCUGCCGCGGAGACGCCAGCUUAAAUGGGGCUCGGGCGCGGCGUACCUGCUACACAAGCAUGUGGCGGACUCGCAGCACGAUACUUGCCCAAAGGGAGACUGGCCGGCGGGCGGCUCCGCGCCGGCGCCCGGGCCCGCGGCGCAGGCUGCCUACAUACCGCCGCACGGAGCGACCCUGCACGCGGAGGGCAUGCAGGAAAGCAACAUGUACAUCUACACCGACAGCUACAUUUACAUCUACACCUGCAUCUACAUCUACAUCAACAUCAACGGCGAGACUCACAUCUACAUCUACACCUACAUCUACACCUACAUCUACACCUACAUCUACAUCUAUCCGCCCUGGGGCGUGCUCGGCGCGCCGGCCAUGGUCGAGUCGGCGGCCGUGGAGCCCGCUCAGAAGCGGCGCAAGGACUUCGAGGAGCAGGGUGGCAGCGUCUACGCCGGCACCAACGCAGUGCCGCGCACCGGCAACCCGGGCCGGGUGCUGCACUUGGGCCUCGCCGACGGGGAGCUGGCCAACCGCGUGGUGGUCGUGGGAUCCCCAGCACGGGCGCGUCUCCUGGCUGAGAACCUCGAGCCCGAGGAUCCCGCGCCGGGCGCCCCCCUCUUCUCGCUGGAGUCCGACCGCGGGUUCCUGACCAUCACGGGCAUGCUCGCCGGCACGAGGGUGAGCGUCGUGUCCAUAGGCAUGGGCCUCCCCAUGAUGGACUUCUUCGUCCGCGAGGGCCGCGCCGUGACGCGGGGCCCCCUGGUCGUGGCGCGCUUCGGGACCUGCGGCGUGCUCCGGGAGAGUCGGUGGCGGUGGGCUCGGUCAGCGUCGCGAAGGAGCGGGUCGAUCUGCGUGCAGCGCAAUUACGCCGCCUUCGCAGACAGCGGCGACACUGAGAACACGAAGCACGCUUCCUACCACAUCUCGGACACGACGUGUGCCCUCCCGACGCGGAGCUGA